UAACAUGUUCCUGUGUGUCCAGGUGAACCCCCAGCUGUUCAGCGAUAGAGAGAAACAGCAGCUGGUGGAUCUGAUUCACACCAUGAUCUCCUACAACCUCUCCUACAGACAGGACAGGACGCCCGACGGACAAUAUGCCUACGUUCUGGAGCCGCGUGUAGAGCAGGUGGUCUGUUUCCCAGGCUUGCCCCCCCACAGACAGCUGACCUACCAGACCAAACAGACGAUCAGCAGAGAGAUGGACCAGGAGAGGAUGAGGAGAGCAGAAUCACUGAUGCUGCUACGCAACCCACACACGAAGCAGCAGGAGGAGAAGGAGAAACAGCCUAAGGCAGUGACGUCAUCGGUGACAUCGUCCGUCAGGAACCACCAACAGAGGCUGGAGAACAUCCUGAGGAACACUGUAGUCGAGAUCAGGCCGGAGGUGGAUUUCUUUGGCCGAGCCGUCGCCCCUAAGGAGAAACCACAGGUGGUCUCCGCUACAGGUGAGGUGUGUGUGGAGGUUGCCAUGGGGACAGCGGUUGGCAACAGUGACGUGUGGUUCCGUUUCAACGAGGGCGUGUCCAACGCCGUGCGACGCAACAUCUACAUCAGAGAACUGCUAUAA